AUGAAUUUUGAAAUUCAAGAAGAAUAUUAUGUUCCUUCAGAAGUAUUAUUUAAUAUAUUUGUAGAUCCUUCUACAUUAACUAGAUUAUCUAGAGGAUCUUUAGCUGAAGUGGAAUUAAAAGUUGGAGGGAAGUUUACCUUAUUUUCAGGAAGUAUAUAUGGAGAAUUUGUUGAAAUUCAGAAACCUCAAAAAAUAGUUCAAAAGUGGAAAUUUUGUGAUUGGAAAGAUAGUGAUUAUAGUAUUGUAACAUUAGAAUUUAUAAAUAUUAAAGAAAAUCAUACUUUACUAAAAUUGAAACAUGAAAAUAUUCCUUUAACUAACAAAUACAAUGAAGGAGGAGUUUUAGAAAGAUGCAAAUAUGGAUGGACUGAAAAUUUUUUACGUAAUAUAGAAAUAAUUCUAGGAUAUCCAAAAAAAAAAUAA